GUCCAGGGUCACAAAUGUAUUUCUAUCUAGACAAAGACAUGGCCCAUAAUGGAGGCAUGGACCAGCAGCACAGGAAGACCCAGUAUUCGGGGAAUCAGGCCAGACAGGCGACAAAACGCUAUCAAGAACAGUGCUGUAACUACAGAGAGUUCAACAUGCAGCCUUCCUCCAAAAUGGAUGGAGUCGUGAGCCGUCUUAUCGGGCCCUCCUUCGAGACCUACUCUCUGCCUGAACUGACGCGUUACGACUGCGAGGUCAACGUCCCGUUGCAAGGCAAUCUUCAUUUGCUGCAGGGCAGUGACCUCCUAAGAGCAUUAGACCAGGCCACUUAGACCGGUUUCACCACAGAAAUGCAGUCCCACUUUCCCCCAAACCCUAUCGCUCAUCUCACACUCACCAUCCCAGCUUUAGCACAUCCCACAAACACCCUCUCACAGUCAUAUCUACCUGAGCGCAUACAUGGCAAAUGUAGCUUUGAUUCUAUUUUUAUUGUCUACAUCUUCAUAAAUUAUAUACAAGUAUUUUUGGAGGAGUUGAAAUGAUGUUGCGUUGUGUCUCUGCUUGUCAGAUCACUCGGCGAAGCUGUUUUCAGCAUACUCAUUUUCUUUUUUUUUCUCUAUCAAUGUCAGACAAGAAAAGCAAGAAAGAAUCUACUGUAAGCUACUUGUUUUAAAAUGUUCUCAUUUCUUUUAUUUGUUCUAACUUUCCUACCUCUGACACAUCAUUACAGACCCCAUGAAAUCAAAAGGCUAGUUUGGAGCUCAUGUAUACACUAAUGCAGUGGUUUCCAAAGAUGUUUUAUUAAAUAAUUCAAUCAGCAUUAACAAUAGCUGCUCUUUAUACAUGUGCUGCUGUCUUUCCACUUGCACAAACACGUUCACUGUGAAGGGUUGCCAGAUUUGACAAAAAACAACCUGGUCUAAUACAGUGACCCUUGUUAUUAUGCUUUAGGUAGGUAGUAUUCUCUAAACAAACCC